AUGAAGCGAUUCUUCCGGGUAAGGGACGGCAUCGUCCUCCUCCUCGUUGCGCUCGGCACGGCGCUUAGCUACCGCGCUGCCUUGUCCGGCGCCGGAAUCGUCGGCUACUCCCACCCGGAUGUCCAGCUCCUGUCUGAGGUUGCAGCGUCCUCCUCGGUGAACUCCUCUUUGCUUAGGCUGGCAUCCAUGGAUGUGGGAGAGCAGGAUCUGAGGAAGGAGAUUGAGGAACUGGUCGACGGUACCUUCGCCGCCAGCGAUCCGCGAUACCGGACUGUCACGGCUUGGAGACGAAUCAGCUUUGUCGAGGAUCGCCUGCAGCGCCUGCGAUCAGGCAGGACAGCUCCGAUCCUCCUCCGGCGGCCCAAGGGCUACCGCGUCUAUCCCGAGUUCCGACGGGUUCUUCGGGACUGGUCUCGCCGGCGGCGGUUCCAGCCGGGCAUCAUCUCUGAGCUGGUGGACCUCGUGAAGCGCCCCCUCGAUCGGCAUUACGCACGCCUCCGCCAGGACAAUCCCACCUCAUCGGCCUCCGGCAGCAGAGUGGAUACUGCAACUCAGCGCUACGGCUCCUGCGCAGUGGUGGGAAACAGCGGCAUCUUAAUGAGGAAGGAACAUGGAGACCUGAUCGACGGGCACGACCUUGUCAUUCGCCUCAACAACGCCCGCACCGUGGGGUACCAGAGGAACGUCGGGUCCAAGACCAGCCUCGCUUUCGUCAACAGCAACAUCCUCCACCUCUGCGCCCGCCGGGAGUCCUGCUUCUGCCACCCCUACGGCGAGAACGUCCCCAUCAUCAUGUACAUCUGCCAGCCGCUGCAUUUCGUCGACUACACCCUCUGCAACGCUUCCCACAAGGCCCCUCUGCUCGUCACCGACCCGCGCUUCGACCUCCUCUGCGCGAGAAUCGUCAAGUAUUACUCUCUCCGGCGGUUCGUGAAGGAGACGGGUAGGGCGCCGGAGGAAUGGGAGGAGGCCCACGAUGCGAAGGCGUUUCAUUACUCUUCAGGGAUGCAGGCCGUGAUGCUCGCCGUGGGUAUCUGCAACAGAGUCAGUAUCUUCGGGUUCGGGAAGUCGGCCGAGGCGAGGCACCAUUACCAUACCAACCAGAAGGCGGAGCUCAGCCUGCACGACUACGAGGCGGAGUACGCCCUCUACCGCGACCUCAUCGAGAGGCCACAGGUAAUUCCGUUCCUAAUGGAAUCUGGUUUUUGGGUUCCAGAGGUGGUCGCAUACGGCUAA